AUGUUAUCAUCCGAGCGUAAAGCUGUCCUUGUGCUGGCCACCACCUCUCUGGUCACAUUUGGUGCUAUCAUCAUCGUUGGUUAUAUAUUCAAUGAUAUCAGCAAAUUCUACGAUAACUCCAUGGCGAACAUCGUCGAAUUCAAGUUUAUGCAACGUAUCAUGGCAAGAACAUGGUCCAGCGGCGCCAUCAGGAGGGCACACAACGGACGUAGCCUUCAGGAGCUCUUGAACGAUUCAAUAACGAAGAGAAACCAAGACUGCAACUGCGCACCGCGAGCAGAGAAAUGCCCUGUAGGACCUCAGGGACCACCGGGAGAAGCGGGGAUCCCGGGAGAAAACGGGCCACCCGGAGAAGCAGGUAGACCGGGAACGCCAGGAAUAUCUAUCACAACGUCAUCGCCUGGCGGAUGCGUCCAAUGCCCCGUGGGACCACCAGGACCACCGGGUAAUGAUGGCGAGAUAGGCUCACCUGGACAGGAUGGACAACCUGGAUCUUCCUAUACGGGCACAGUUUCUCCAAAACCAGGUCCACCGGGUCCGCCGGGAGAUGCCGCUUCCCGCAACAGGACACAACGACAGCGACGUUGUCUUGCCCGACCCUCCUGGUCCACCUGGACCUCCUGGACUUCCCGAGAUCCUGGUCCACCUGGAGACAUUACCACGAGUGGAGCUGGCCCGCAAGGACCACCAGGACCAGAUGGAAAGCCCGGGAAGCCAGGACCAGACGGACCACCUGGACCUCCCGGGGAACCGGGCAAGCCUGGCGGUGAUGGACAAUACUGUGCCUGUCCUCAGCGAACAUCGGCUGCACUGGCGAUUGUCAACUUUGCGUCUGCGGCCAGCGCUAGCCUACUGGUUACUGUAUUAUUUGGAUCUGUAUUCAUCUAUAAGGAUCUCAGCAAUUUUUUCACAACUAUCCAGGAUGAUAUGACCGAAUUUAGGACGAUUUCGAACGCUGCGUGGACAAAUAUGGUCUCGAAACUGUCGAGAAGAACUUUUAAACAAGACAUUUUUCAUCGGAAAAAGAAGAGUAGCGAUAACUGCGACUGUGAAUUUGUACACGAAUGUCCAGAUGGACCCAGAGGACCACCUGGAGAACCUGGAGAAGACGGGGAAGAAGGAGAUCCGGGUCUCCCUGGAAAGAUGGCAAGACGCAGAUUCCCGGAGCACCAGGUUUCUGCAUUCGAUGCCCGCCUGGUGAACCUGGAAUUAAAGGUCCUCGCGGCGAGGAAGGACCGAAUGGGUGAACAAGGUGAACCUGGAAAGAAUGGCAUGAAUGGAAAAGACGGAACGGAUGGUUUUCCAGGUGAGGAAGGAGACGCAGGAGAUCCAGGAUUACCAGGAAUUCCAGGCACCCCAGGACGGGCAGGACGUGAUGGUAUGCGAGGGAGAGGGCAACCUGGACCACCUGGUAUGCCAGGUCAAAUGGGCUUCAAAGGAAAACCAGGUUUUGACGGUGAACCGGGCAAAAUGGGUGACUACGGACCUCCGGGAGCCAUGGGGCCGCCUGGAGACCCGGGAUAUGCUGGCCUGAACGGAGAACAAGGAGAGCCUGGACCACAAGGAUACGUUGGCAAUCCAGGUGGCAUGUGUCGUUGCGAUGACGAAGCCGCAUCUUCAAAAAUACAUUCUGGAGAAGUUAAGGAUCAUUUCAGGAACCAUGACGAUGAGAAGAGCGCAGAUGACGAAGAGUUACGCCAGUAA